CGGAGGCCUGGGCUACCAGCCUGGGGAGGGGAGCCUAGGGCGGUGCUUGAGGCAGCCGGACACAGCACCUGAAAGCGCGCGUAGGAGGCGGGGGCUCUGGGUGGAACAAGUUACGGAUGUCAGGAAAGGCUGUCUACUGGGAAGAGGCAGGCUACAUUAGGGGUCCUAGUCACCAUGGAGGACCCACUUCCCGAAGAGACCAUGGAGCAGCAGGAUUCAUCCAAGGCGAGCAGUCCCCGCCGUACAGGAGGCAACAUCUGCCAUCUGAGGGCCCUGCAGUGCACCCGCUGCCUCAUCACCUUCGCCAAUCCCAAGUUCCAGGAGCGUCACAUGAAGCGGGAGCACCCAGCGGACUUCGUGGCCCAGAAGCUGCAGGGGGCUCUCUUCAUCUGCUUCACCUGCGCCCGCUCCUUCCUCUCCUCCAAGGCCCUGACAGCCCACCAGCGCAGCCACAGUCCUGCCACCACGCCCUCCCUGCCAGUUGCACCCACCAUUGCCCAGCCCACCUUUCCCUGCCCUGACUGCGGCAAGACCUUUGGGCAGGCCACUUCUCUGAGGCGGCACCGCCAGGUGCAUGAGGCCCACUCCACUCCUGGCCCCUUCGCCUGCACUGAGUGUGGUCAGGACUUUGCCCAAGAAGCUGGGCUGCAUCAACACUAUAUCCGGCAUGCCCGUGGGGAGCUCUGAAUGCAGCUUCAGCCCUCCCCAGGGCAGUGGGGGCUCUGUGGCUGGUGGGACCCACCUCGGAUAUGGGAUGGACCCUUGGAGGAAUUUGCUUCCCUCCCUGGAAAGGCAAAGGGCUCCUGAUAAUAGCCCCUAGAAGAUGCUCUUUAGAGCUUCAGUCUUUGAAGGACAGAAAGACCUUCGGGGAAACAGUGAAAUCAGACAAUAGUGAGAUCUUUCAUUUAAAAAAAAAAUAAGAGGGAAAAUUAUUUGUAUCUCCCUCAUUUCCAAUUAAAUAGUUUGAAAUCACAAGUAGCUGCAGAUUGUGUAAUCACCUUUAAUUCUUCCCAGAUGGAUGCCAUUUGCUGUAGGAGCAAAUUGCCCUGGAUUUUUGCCUGAAUGGGGGCAGGGAAAGUGAGGUGUUGCUGGCCUGUAAUGCCACCAGAUGGGUCCGAGACAUAGAGCAGCUCUGGCCUUUAGGGACGGGCAGCAAAGUUAAGAGUUGUACUGAGUGAGGUGGGGGUUGCAGUUCAAGUCCUUGUCUCCUCCACACCCUCUGCCAGCCUUUCCCACUCAAGGGGCCAUGGCAUUGGGUGACUUUGCUUCUUUCAACCCUGAUAAUUGACCAUUUAAAUAAUCUUAUGUACCGUUCUGGUCAUGGAAUAUUUUUUAUACGUGUAGGUCAGAUGGCAUGAAUAAAUUAACAGAAAUAAUAUCUAAAAACAGAAGUGCUCUACACUAAGAUAUCUAAACAACGAACUCUGGCUUUUCAGCAGGAAUUUGCAGAGUACAUAAGAACAACACGAGCAGGGGUAGUUCAGGGCAGAGCCAGCCUGGCCCUGUGAAGAAACUGGUUUGGAAUCAAACAGAGAUACCUUCUGUUUACUGUUGUAUUUGGCCAACAUUAGGAAAUUUCCCAUUAGAAUCCUAUUUUCAGCGCUUGAAAAGCCCACCCAUGGCUGAGUCUCACCAGGCCAGUUUUACUCCCUUGCAUUACCUGCCCUGC